CCGCUCCACACCGCUGUCCCUCCCGGCGCCUCUCUCGCCGUCUCAGCCGGCAGUGCGGCCACGCAGCUCAGCGCACGCUACGGCUCGCAGCCCGUGCCGCACGCUCCGCGCGUCCCCGCUCCGAACACCGGCCUCCAGUCGCUCCACCCGGCGCAGCGCUCGGCCGCGAGCCGCAUACGCUUCCUCGACGCACCAGCAGCAGAUUCGCUCUCUCCGCACGCAUCCGCCAGCAUGUCGCAGUCUCGUACCGCAGGCUCGCCACCCAUGCGCUCCACGGGCCACGGCGUGCCCGGCGGGCCGCUCAGUGUGAACCCGCAGCUCGCCCACCACCACGCUGGCCCCAGCUCGGCCGGGGGCACGCCCAGCGGCACGGCCUCGCCGCGCCCACAUGCGCCCAGUGCCUAUCAUCCGCGCGCGUCCAUCGUCCUUCUUGGCAUGCGAGGGGCAGGCAAGACCACUCUGGGCCUCAUUGCUGCUACUGCUCUGCGGCGGCGCUUCAUCGACACCGACUCCGUCUUUGAGACGCAGGUGCACUGCACGAUCGGCGAGUACGUGGCGCGCCACGGCUGGGCGGCCUUCCGGCACCAGGAGGCCAACGUGCUGCGGCACACACUCGGCCGCCAUGCGCUCGACACUGUCAUCGCCACGGGCGGCGGCAUCGUCGAGACACACGAGGUGCGCGAGCUGCUGCGCGCGACGCGCGACGAGUGUCCCAUCAUUCUCGUGCUGCGCGAGCGCGAGGCCGUGCAGCACUACGUGCUCGGCGAGACGCACUCCAGCCACCCAAGCUACGGCGAGAACUUCCUCACCGUCCUGAAGCGCCGCGAGCCGCUGUUCCGCAGCUGCGCCUCGCACACCUUCGUGUCCUUGACUGCACCCACAUCGCCGGGCGAGCCGCACCCGCUCAAGCUGAAGCUCAUCGAGAUCGAACUGCUGCGGCUGCUGCGCUUCGUGCUCUCCGAUCCCGUGUCGGCCACGCCGCAGCUCAUCCGUUCGCCAGCAACAUCCAGGCACGGCUCGCCAGCUCCCACGCCCGGAAGGCACAGUCUUGCGCACCUGCUUGCACCCGCGCCGAGCUCUCGAGCAGACGGCCUCACGUCGCCUGGCGCACCGGUGCCCUUCUCGGUGCCGCCAGGCGCGUCGGACGUGACCAGCCGGACACACUUGCUCACGCGGCGCACGACAUUCCUCUCGCUCACGCUGCCCGACCUGCGCAACGUGUCGCCAGCCAAGUUCGACGAGAUGCUGCAGGGCAUCGAUGCGCUCGAGCUGCGCGUGGACCUGUGGGAUGCGCUGCGGCCCGCGUCUCGCGCAAUGCGAGCAGGCUUGCCCUCGGACGCGCCGCCGCCGGAGGUCGACUUCCUCGAGGUCGCGCUGCAGGUCGCACACGCUCGCCGACUGGCGCGUGGCCUGCCGCUGCUCUUCACGCUGCGCUCGGACCGCGAAGGAGGCUCCUUCUUCGACGACCGCGACCUGACGCACCGAGACGCCCGCUCUGCCCACUCUCAGGCGCUGUACUUUGCACUCGCAGAGCUCGGCCUGAGCAUGGGUGUCGAGCUGCUGGAUGUCGAGCUCGGCUGGGUCGAGAGCGGCAUCCGCUCGCUGAUUGCCCGACGUGGCCGCACGCGCAUCGUCGCCAGCUACCACGAUAUGCGCGGCGAUCUGCGGUGGGACUCCGAGCUCGCCUUCCAGCUGUACGACCGCGCGGCACGGCGCUUCGGCGGCGUGGACAUCGUCGAAAUGGUCGGCUUCGCCAAGCCCGAGCGGCCGGAGCAGAACUGGCAUCUGCUCUCGUUCCAGGCACGUGUGCUCACGCGAGCCGCUCAAGACCCUGCGCGCAGUCUGCCGCCGCUCAUGGCCAUCAACAUAAACGAGGCCGGCCGAUCGACGCGACCGUUCAACGGCGUUCUCUCGCCGGUCAGCCAUCCUGCUCAGCUGAUCAAGGCGGCACCUGGUCAGAUGAGCCUGCGAGACAUCGGUCGCGCUCAGAUCUCGUUAGGUCUGGUCAGCCCGAAGCACUACCUCAUCGGCGAUGGGCCUGGAGCACACAGCAACGCAGCAGGCAACCGCAUGCGCGCAGCACUGGAUGCCAUCGGCAUGCCGCCGGACGUGCGCUCCCUGUCGGCCCAGGAGCUCGACGAGAUGACGGUCAGGGAGGACGCGCUGCGUGCACCGCUGUCCGACGCACACAUCGGCGGCAUUCAUCUCGCUGGGCACACAUGGGCAGCACAGGUGGCCCUGGCCAACGCUCUCGGUUCGGCCAAUCUCUCCACGAGUCUGGCCAGCCACGCUGUCGGAGCAGUGGAUGUCGUGUACCGCGGCGAAGUCGCAAGCGACCUCGUCGGCACCUCAAGAGGCGCACUAACGCCGCACGGCUUCUGCGCCCUCGACGGCCCUCUCAGCGGCGACCACACGCUGGCCUCUGCGCUCGAGCGUGUCUUCACUCGCUUCCUCAGCCCGAUCAACGUGCCUGGCGCAUCCGGUACCGCUCUCGUCGUCGCAAUGCCGCUGUCACCCAGUGCCGACGUGCACGAGCGCCGCGGCCGAGACGUGGCACUCAAGGCCGCCGUCUGCGCUAUGGCCCGCCUCGGCUACGGCCGCUGUGUCGUGGUGGACGAUGGCGAGGCUGACGGCUCGGGCAGCGAGGACAGCUGGUGGGGCCCGCACGUGGCCGCUCUCGUCCAGGCAGAGGCGACCAAGCUUCUUCGCGCCGCGACGGCCAACGUCGGAGGCGCCAACGGCCUCGCGAGCUUGGCGCUUGCGCACGGUCACGUCGCUUCCGGCCCGGAGGCAACGCGAUGUGCGGUCGUGCGCUUGCCGCGCUCCGCACUUGCAGACAUCAGCGGUGCGCUGAUGGCCCGUGCCGGACAACCGGAGUCCUCGCACAGCAGCGCCAACCCGUCGGGCACCAACACGCCUGGCAUGCCGGCAGCUGCAGCACACGACGGUCCCGCCUCGGCUUCGGCAACGCUGGGCAGCGACAGCCCCGCUCUCCCGCGCGCCGCGGCUCCGCGACACCUGCAGGUGCGCCAGCCGCACGCCGUCGCCCUCGUCGGCGGCUCGGACGAGGAGCAGCAGCAGGCUCUGGUCACUCUGCGUCCCGAGGCGCCUUCGGCGGGCACGUACGACGCGGCCGUGCUGCCGCCGCAGCUCUGGGCCACCAACGCCGGCGGCACGCUCGUGCGCGUUCCCACGUCUGGUGAUGCGCCGCUGUACGAGGCAGCACCCGGCGCCCGUGGUGCUCCUGCCUCGGCCAGCACGGUGCACACCCUGGAGAAGGACGCGCUGCUCGAGCGCAGCGGAUGGCUGCACAUCAGCCCUCACAUCGUCGAGCUGGAGCGCCUGGAGCAGGGCGUCUUCGAGGUCUGGACACGCCGCCGAGCCCCACGCGCCAGCAUGCGCACCCCUGCAGCUCCCACACCCCUCGCAUGAUAGACACCGCAGCACAGCGCAAUCUGAUACCCUUGCCGC